AUGUCUUGCCUUGGUGUUCGCCUUGCAAAAACUAAAGCACUAUGUCCUGGAAGACGAAGUCAAGUUGAUAUCAAGAGUAGACCCUUGAAAUAUAUACUUUCACGGCCCAUACUUUCAGGGAAAAUUGCAAAGUGGGCUGUAAUUCUCCAACAAUUCGCAAUUGAAUAUGUUCUCCAAAGAGCUAAAAAGGGGCAAGCUCUAGCAGAUUUUUUGGCAGCACAUCCUAUACCUGAUGACUCACCUCUAGUAGCUGAUUUACCAGAUGAAGAGGUUAUACAAGUAGAAAUCCAGAAAGGAUGGGAGAUGUACUUCGAUGGAGCUUCAAGGAGUCCAGAUGGCAAGAAGCAAGAAAAUCCUAAAAACAAUAAAGCUGGAAUUGGAAUUGUGUUUGUGACUCCAGAUAAUGCUAUGCUUACCCAUUCUUUCGCCUUAAGUGAAGGAUGCUCUAAUAAUAAGGUAGAAUAUGAAGCUCAACUCCGUGGAGAAUACAUUGCUAAAAAAACAAGUCUCAUCCUGUAUCAUGAAAGGGCUGAUCAACUGCUAUCGCAAUUCAGGAAAACACAUAUUUUCCACGUGAAGAGAAGAACAAAUGCUCGAGCUAAUUCAUUUGCAAGUUUGGCUGCAUCACUCACCCUACCAGAUAGCAAAACAAUUACUAUCACGGUAGGUGAAAGAAGGGUGUUACAACCUUUAAAAGAAGUUUCUGACUUUGUUCCAAUCUUGGUCGUCACCACGAAAGGAGAAAACGAGAAGGAUAGGCGGGAACCAUUCAUAGCUUACCUCCAACAUGGUAGGCUGCCUGAAGAUAAAGUAAAAAGAAUUGAGGUGAGACGUAGGGCUACCAAAUUCGUCUCGUGGAAGGAUGGGUUAUACAAAAGGUCUUUGGAUGGAAUGUUCAUGCGGUGCAUAGCCAAGGAGCGUAUUCAAGAGGUAAUGGCAGAAAUACAUGCAGGUGUAUGUGGGACACACCAAAGUGGUCCUAAAUUACAUAUGCAGCUAAAACGGUUGGGAUACUAUUGGCAGACUAUGAUUGCAGAUUGCAUAGAUUAUGCUCGAAUAUGCCAAGUCUGCCAAUUCCAUGGGAACUUUCUCUACCAACCCCCAGAACCUUUACAUUUAACAACUUGUUCUUGGCCAUUUGCAGCAUGGGGUAUGGACAUUAUUGGUCCUUUUGUACCUCCAUCUUCAGCAGGAUAUCAAUACAUCCUAGCUGCAACUGACUAUUUCUCAAAAUGGGUAGAGGUUGUGGCUUUAAAGGAUAUAAAAAGUACAGUUGUCUCUGAGUUCAUCCAAACCCAUAUCAUUUACAGGUUCGGGAUUCCAUAA